AAUGUGUCAAGAUUCUAGUUUAUGGUAGUCGACAUGGUUUGAAUGUCCCCUACUGGCGAAUCUGCUCUGGUCAAAAUAUGCCUUUGACAAUUAAAGCGAGCCCUCACAAUAGGCUCCAAUCGGACUCAUGCAACAAGUAUGUUCCAAUGCCCAACCAGGUUCGUCCUGGCUUCUUUAAUCUGUUCCAACAACUCCUUUAUCUCUCUUCUCUUCCUCAGCUAUGCUCACUUGCUCACAUGGUUUUCUCCAGGUCCAUUGGUCACGGCUCUUAGGCAGCCUUGCAAUGUAUCGUUCAAGCGUCCCAACAAUAAAGUUGUGCUGGUCAACAACAAAGAGAGCUUCCCAAGGCAGAUCGACGAAAUGCGGUCCAUUGAAGAGGCUUUCAAGACGGUUGCCAUGGUCUCCAAUAGCGAGAUGUCGCCCAUCUCGCUUGUGAUUUGCUGCAGCCCUUUUUCUGCAAGGUAGGCGACUUUGGCAACCUUGAGCGCCUCUGCUAUCCGACGCAGGACUUCCGCUAUCGUGAUAGCGGCCGUAGUGAUAGAAAGGGGAUCCGUUUUUCUUUGUCAAGAAUGGUGCUAGGGCUACCGGUGUGGAUUGUGGUUCACGG